GCUAGGUGAGUAGUACUCCCUCUCUCACUCUCUUUUAACCGCCCGUCUACUGACACGCACGCCCCUCCUAUUGAUAGAAUGAGCGAAAUCGAAUGAAUCUCCCGCUGAAAGACGGUCAGAUUCACGAUAUUUCAAGGUCUAUUCAAGUAUGGAUGGGGAUAUGUUCAACCAAUUCGGAGAAGAGAUAGACCGUAAGAUCCCAGGUGGGGUUAGAGCGGAGGCUCUAAGGAGGAGAGCGGCAGGAGGGCCACCAGCACCUCCGGCAGUAUUCCGGCUGUGGCAAGAGAAGGAGGGUCCUCCAAUAACAGUGGAAGAGAUUGAAGAAGAUGAAGGAGGGCAUCUGCAGACGGCGAGUGAACAGGUGAAGGAAGARCCUGUGGUUAGGGAGGUGGAAGACGAGGAGGAAGCUGAGGACAGCUCGUCGAUCAUGGACCUCGUCGCCAAGAURGAGGACUUGUGGGGGAAGAUGGGAAGGCCAGAACGCCAGAGCUACCCCAAUGUAGCUUCGGUGGGGUCGGGCGCACGGCCAGGGGGAUUGAUAAGGCCUCCUAUGGCACAAAGGAGGGUGGUGCCCGCAGCCCGAACGAGGAGUCAAGAGAAAGCUGGCCCAAGUCAGGAACCUCCAAAAAAGGAGCCAGAACAAGAAAGGAGGAAAGAGGAUGUGGAGGUGGAGGAUGACAGUGAGGAUGAGGAGCAGGACAAGAGGCUCUGCCGUGAGGAGGAUGAGAGGGYGGAGCAACGGGCCAAGAAGAGAGGGGUUAGAGAGGACCCUGAGCCAGCCUUGCGCGAUACGGCGCGGAAGAAAAAGAAGUACGCGGUUCGAUUGGAAGAAGGUUUUGAUGUUGAAAGUGUGAUCGACCGUCCGCUGGAGGACCACAAUGAUUUGUUGACCCUAAAAKAAAUUUUAGCCUCUGCAUCCCGGCUCCGUGACAGUCUGAAGGGGAGAUUAUCGAGGCGAUUGAUACCUAGCGUAUUUCUGGGUACUAUAUUGCCAAAAGAGAUGGAAUGGGCAGAGCCAGGCACAAAAAUGGACUGGAAGUAUGUAGCCUGUGGAAGGAUACCACUGGUAGUGAAAGGCACCAAGGCCUCCGCGAUGGUAGAUACAGGCGCRGAGAUGAACAUUAUUCGUGAGGAAGAUGCCAUUAGAUUUGGUCUGGAUAUAGACYGAUCUGAUUGCGGCAUCUUACAUGGUGCCAAUUGCAAGGCAACGUUUUGCGGCACAGUUUCGAACGUGCUGUUAGAAAUUGGGAAGGUAAAGUCCAGGGCGUGCUUUUUCGUUAUGGCCGAUGUGGAUCAUGGCCUUCUCCUAGGGAGGUCUUUCUUAAGCCGGAYAGAGACCCUGAUGUUUAACAAACAUGACGGUACUCUGAUCCUGCUGAUGUGCGAUCCAGCCURUGGUAAUUACGAGGUGAUUACCUGCAUUAACACGGGGCCGCGCAACAUAAGAAACAGACUCAGUCCCGGUUCCUUCACAGUUAAGGAAAUGGAAGAGGAGCGGCGAAGGAUCCAUAUGGAGGUGGAAGCAGAAGAGAAAGGAGAGGCGUUCGCUCUCAGUUUGGCGGACGUGGAUAAGGCGACGGAUUUGGUGGCAACCCACGAAAUGGCGGAUCCUAAUGCCAUCCAAGCUCUGAGAGAGCAAGUUUUGGAAUGUCCCCAGGUGAACCCGGUCGACCAAGGGGAGCUGCCAGAAAGCUACGAUGAUGAGUUUGAGGAAGGGGAGAUAAAGGAGGCUUUCCGUGCAGAGGAGUAUGAUGGGAUCUACCUAGAGCUAGGGCUCCUUCUAUCUUGUGAGGUGAGAAACAGACGCCAACGAACGUGCGCAAAGGAUGAGACAUCUCUACUUGAUCUGGCUGGCAAGAAGUUAAAGGAGUCAAGCCAGGGGGUACGAUUGGAGACAGCUGAGGAGGAGAUCCGGGAGCUCAAGGCAUUGGUAGCCAAGCAGGCCGUCAUUAUCGAGGACCUGAGGCAGCGAUGUGAGGGGCUAGAGGCACCUGCCAGUACCAGGGAUCAGGCAGGGUGCAGUCAUCAUGAUGUCCAAGAUGAGACAGCACAGGGUCCACUUGAGAGGCCGACAGUGGAUGAGCCUUCCCAAGAGCCAGCCAUGGGGAGAGUUAUGUUAGAGCCAGAGGAAGCAAGAGCAAGGAGGGAGGCAGAGAGAGAGGCCUUCGAGUUUAGGACUCCUACUGAACUUGCCACUCAGCCUGAGAUCUCUUCUAAUCCAGUGUUGAGAUCCUCAGUACCUCAUGUAGGGGACAGGCCACGGGCUGCCAUUAGUACGCAGACCUUGGGGUCAGAUGAUGGAUCGAUGAGCUUGCUCCUUGAGGUAGUCGACACUAUGGAGAGUGUGGGAGGCUUAUUCUCACCAGAACCGGGAUUGGAGGAGCCUCGAGAGGAUGGCUUGGAUGUCAUGAUGGGGCGCGACUUUGAGAGCAGGCCUCAGAGAUUAGAUACGCCUGAGUAUAGGCCAGACAGGAUUGAGGUUCAGUCAGAACCUAGUACUCAGGAGUUGGAGGCAGAGCCAGAGGGAUCAUUUGGGAGGCCGCAGAGCCAUGAGUUGAGCAGGGAGGCCAGUAAGGCACCUUCGUCGCCAGGGUCGCAGAGAGGAAAGAAGAGAUCCAGGAAGAGACGUGAUACCUCCUGUUUCUUCUGCCAAAAGGAGGGACAUAGAGCCUUGCAGUGUCCUAAGUUCCUAAAGGACAAGGCUCAAGGAAACGUUACAGAGAGGGAUGGACGGUUCUAUGAUAGGCAGGGCCGACUUGAGGAGAGAUCUGCAGAUGGGGGUAGAGCUCAGUUGUAUAGGCAGAAUCAGGAGGAGAUUAGUGAGUAGAGUCUGGUCUGCAUAUACAUUAAAUAGAGUGUAGCUUGUUGGAUUUGACUUUAGUCAUGUACAUAUUCAGUUUUGAUU